GUAAAGUUGGUGGUUGGUGUUGCUUGGCUUGCUUGCUUUCUUUACUUUGCUUGUACGCGCGUCGUCGGUCAUUUGGAUUGUUUAUCUGAAAGAACACUUACCCGCAUGACAUACCAAUUUGAAAAAUAAACUCUAGUGCUCGCAACAAAUACAAAGAAACUAUAAACCGUGCCAACAAUUCGUGGAUGUACAGAAAUAUGUGAAAGUGACAGUCGCAAAUCGACUUCGUUUUUUGUGUGAUUAUAAUGUUAUUUCGCAUAUUUUCAAGUACCGCCAGUUAAUAUUGUUUAGUGGACACCAGAAAUGUUACAGUUGCGGUAUCUUUCGUGUAUAGAGGACACCUGAGCGUCGUCAUUAUGUACGAUGCGGGAUAGACGGGAAGUAUAACGUUGCCAUCAGGUCGAACUUGGGUAUAAUGCAACACGAGUGCUUGCCGGACGGGGCCAGGAGCAGGUACGAGCGGCGGAAGCCGACGAAGGUGCUGAAGAUAGCGGAGAGUUUCACGAACUUGGAUGAGACGGCGAAGGCGGGCCGUUACGUGCGGGGUCCCCAUUCGAAACUCGGGCGCAGAUUCCGUGACCAGGAGAAUGGCGGGAGGACUAGACGCGCAGUGUGUUGUGAUGAUGAUGAUUGUGAUAAGGAGUCCAGUGUUAGUGAGGAGUCGGAGAGACUCGGUGACCGGAGGGUGACGGGCUCGUCGUGCACGGCACUGCGGACGGCCGUGGCUGCUCUGUACCCCUUCGACGACUUCAUCCUGGAGAAGGUUGGCUCCGGCUUCUUCUCAGAAGUUUUCAAAGUGACCCACAAAACGUCUGGCAAGGUGAUGGUGUUGAAGAUGAACCAGCAGCGGGCGAAUAGGCCCAACAUGCUCCGGGAGGUGCAGUUGAUGAACAAGCUCAAACACCCCAACAUCCUCGGAUUCAUGGGGGUGUGCGUACACGAAGGUCAACUCCACGCACUCACGGAGUACAUGGAGGGUGGUUCACUGGAGCAGCUGAUCCUGAGCCGGCCGCCGCUGCCGCUGCCGCAGCCGCUGCGCGUCUCGCUUGGGGCCGACGUCGCCGCCGGCAUGAAGUACCUGCACUCGCUCGGAGUCUUCCAUAGGGACCUUACUACUAAGAACGUAUUGUUAAGAAAGCACGGCGACGAUAGCUACACGGCCGUUGUGGCUGACUUCGGCUUAGCCGCCAAAAUACCUCAUCCUGUUAACGGCUACCGGCUGCCGAGCGUCGGCUCUCCGUGGUGGAUGUCGCCCGAGUGCUUGCGCGGCCGCUGGUACGACCACCGAUCCGACAUCUUCUCCUACGGGAUCAUCCUGUGCCAGCUGAUAGCCCGGGUGGACGCCGACCCAGACGUGCUGCCGCGCACGGACAACUUCGGGCUCAACUACAUGGCGUUCGUGGAGCUUUGCGACGAGGACACCGUGCCCGACUUCCUGCGCUUGGCUUUCAACUGCUGCAUUUAUGAACCUAAGGCGCGGCCGCUAUUCCCCGAAAUAGUGAGCAAGCUAGCCGAAGUCAAGGAGAGCCUGGACGACAACGCCUGGGGCUGCCACACGCCCAACAACUCCUACGAGAGCGAGGAGGCGGAGUCGUCGGGCCCGCGCUCGUGCCCCGGCGCGUACGGCUGGCGGCGCGGCGCGCGCUACCGCUCCGAGGGCAGCCCGCACCACGCUAGACUGCAACACCGGCGCUCGUUAUCGGAGCUAGAAUGGUGCGCGGAAGCGGGCGGCGCCGGCACCGCGCCCGCGCACCGCUCGGCCUCCGCUUUAGCGGGCGUGGGCCGAGCGCCCGCCAGGCUCGCGCGCCUGCACCGGCUCGCGCACAUCAUGCUGCUGCGGGACACGCACGCGGCGCCGCACCCAGCGCGCACCAAGCUGGCCACCUUCCGCGGCGUCAAGAAGAUUCUGGAACCGCCACGAGCAGCGCCGCCUUUUGCUUCGUGUCUCGAGCUUCCAUCACCGCUGGCGCGCGAUGAUGCGUUGUCUGAUGAUGAACCGCGAUGCGCGUCGCUUCCCUCGUCACCAGGUCUCAGCCGCCGAGGCAGCCUAGAACGCGCGCCGGCUCCAUCAACCUCGCGCCGUCGGGCAUCUUGCGAGAGUGGCAUCUUCAGCGUGGCCAACGAGGAGCUGUGCGCCGCUCACCCGGCCGCGUGCUGCCGCGGCGCCGUGUGCCCGUGCUCGCUGAUGGGCUGCCACCGCUGCUGGUGGUGGGCCCGGCUGCCCACUGAGUCCGAACCGGAGCGUUCCUUAGAGUCCAGCUCAACGGACGAAGACCGUGCGGGCCGCGUACGAGUCUGCAGCGCGUGCUUAGCGGCCUACGAUCGUCUGCUGCUCCGGCGGCGCGCGCUCGACGACUCGGCUCUCGGCGCCGCGGCCUGCUCGCUGCGCAGCCUCGACGAGCUCGACGACGCGCCCGCCGACACACACGGGGAACAGACGUACUGGUCCGCAUGUCGUCGCGAGGCGGAAUCCCUGUCUCCCUUCCUCUGCGGGCGCGCGUCCUGGUCACGUGGCUCCAGCGAAGACUCCUGCCACGUGCUGGCCCGCUGCUGCUGCCGCCCGCCGGCCCCUCGCACCGCCAGCGUCUAUACCGACAGCAGCGAUGACGUAGCAUCCCUAGCCGGCUCAGACAGCCUCUACGCCGACGAGAGACUCCCUCGCCACGUCAGGUCAGCCCAAAUAUCCAAAAUAGUGGAGUAUUUCGAAAGGAAAGGCGCGGACUUCACGUGCGAGCGCAGCUUCGGCCGGUCCCGGUUUAAGAUGAAGGACCGCGAGUGUACUGUUGAUGUCAAACACCGUACCAGACCAGAUAUAGCUGAGGAGGGCUGCGGCAGGCGAUGCGUCGCGCAACAGCGCCUGAUGAUCUGCGAAGGCGCCGUCAAGUCGAAACUCCCGCUGUUUGAUCGGAAGUCGUAGCGCGGGCGACACUAGGCGUAGCUAGUUUUGACCCCGACCGUUUAAUUUGAUUGUCGGUUUUACUAUUGCAAGACAGAGACAAUGUGUUUAGCUACGUCACUAAGGAAAACAGUUGACUACUCAUCAAUAGAUGGCGUUGUACGCUGUUAACUCGCAGUGGUAACAGUAAGCAAAUAUUUUCAUAGUUUUAAAUCUACACUGACAAAUCGAUAGAAUCAACUUAUUUAAGACUUAAUUGUUUUUAAUAUCCAAUCGUUUACCUAUGUAACUGUAGUGAAAUAACUAAACUUAAAAAUAUUGACUGAAGUGCUGUGCUCGUUGUGAAAUUCAAUUAAUUAGCAAUAAAUAAAAUACAAAUUAUCUUAUUGAACGAAUUAGUGUUUAAGGGGUCCUAACGAUAUUUCUAGUUACGCCUAAGACGUAGUAGUCAGUACGGAAAUUUAUUUUAAUUACGCGUCGCGACCUUUGGUUCGUACGGUGAUACGGAGAGCGACGAUGUCAGAAGAGGUCUCGUACUCGCUUGAGUAAGGACUUGUGUAUUUCAGAAACAGUAGUAGUGAAAAAUAUUAAAACAAUAUUAUAAAUGAGACUAAGACGUUUGCGUAUGUUGAUAUUUUCUUUACUGUUAAAUAUAAUGAUGAUUCGAAUACCAACCUUAUUUUAUUACAUCAUCAGAUAGUUUAUUAAGAACGUACGCAACGUUUCUAAACGAGCCGCGUUAUGCUCGAGUGGUCUAACUUCGAUUAGUUAUAAAUCGGGUGUACAAAUCGGGUUUUUAAACCUUUAAAGAUAUAGACACCUAUUUAGUAAAAUUAAGACUUAUUGAGUAAUUUAUGAGUUAGUUCACUCUGGCAUAGCCCGGUUAUAUUAACGGUUAAAGCAAUAUUCCCAAGGCUAGUGCCGACACGUCCACGCACGAAGCGUAGCGAACUAUCACUAAGUGAUCGAAGGACAUUACUCGCGACCGAGUACGAUUCGACUGAAUAUUUGUUAAGCAUUUCAUUAUAAUUUCGUAUAGAUUGAGAUUAUUGUAUAAGCGACAGGACCGUUGUGUCGUCCAGUCGUCGGUUUUAGCCUAUCCAGCCGAGUUAGUCGAUUCUAGUUUAAUAUGUCGGUCUGAAGCUAGUUUCUUAGAUCUCUGACUUUUAACGUCUAUUAAAAAAGUAUUUUGUUCUUUGUUAGCAUCGAUAUACUUAAAUUUACAUGUAAAUACAUAUUUUAGGUUAAUUUUUUCAUUGAAGUUAUAAUUUAUAUACAGUAUUAUAUACGUUAGUACUUGCCAGUUCACAUUAAGAAUGUAAAUAUGUUUUAAGUUUUAUAUCGGUCAUAAUAUUUAGUUCUUUUACUAAACACUAUGUUUAAGUACUUGUUCUUAAUUAUAUUAUAGCUAAUAGUUACAUAUAUUUCUUUUUAAGAACUAAUGAGAAAUUUACUUAUACAAUGGAUAGAUUUGGUUUUACUACAGUCAUAGUUGAGUUAUUUAUAAAGUUUUAUUUCAUAUUUACUUUAAAUUCAUAAUAUAUUGUUUUUUUUUCAUAUUUUCGAGCCACCAUUUUGUAUGUAUACUAAUCGCGAAUAAAUCGAAAUUCGUCCUAAUUAUUGAUGUAAAAUUAUAUUUGUAUAAGAGAUACGUGUUGCUAGUCCUAACAAAAGUGUGAACACAAGUUUGGACGUCAGUCCGUCGUAUAAAUAAAUUACAUUUAUAUAUUUAUUCUAUUUAACGGUGACGCGAUCGACUACGAACCGACGAGUUCAAAAUUAUAUCAGCAGCGGAAGCUGUCGUGACUUAUUUAACAAAUCAGUGUACAAAUAUGUGUCAAAUCAAACAUAACUCGAGAACUAUAUGCAGAAUAACAAAAUACUUCUAGCAAGAUUUGCGUUUACGAGAUCGUAAACAUAAAUAUUGCUAGAACAAUGUCUAUAAUAAAACAAAUAUUUUUGUAAAUACAGUAUUACUUAUGUAUUUAAUAUUUAAACAUCCAUAUGUAUUUACUGAUCAUGGUUGAUUGUUAAAGUCAGGGUAUCAAAUGUAAAUACGGGACGAGAGAUCGGCUAGGUCGUAAUCCCCACAUAUAAAUACGACACGAUAUAUAAAUUCAGUAUAAUAUAAAAAUGAGCAGUUUAAACUCAGAAACUGCUACGAACCAGUGCCAAAAUAAUUCAUUUCCAUAUUUUAAAUGAGUAUUAAAUAUGUAUAUACUGCCUUACGUUACAUUAUGUACACAAUAGUUCGGAAUUGGUGUUGAAACAUACUUGGGAUACCAGUGAGCAAUUAAGUAUCCGUCCAAGAGAAUCCGGUGUAGAGCAUUAUUCGGUAGCUUUAACGUAGCGCUUGCCUCGACGAGUUGCCAAUCUGGACACAAGACUGAUCAUUUUUCAAGCAGCUUUUGCAAAUCUUCAGAUUUCAUCGCUUAAGUUAUCGUUUUCAGCAGCUCACUUACAAUAAAUCCAACUGAAUCUUCCAAAUAGAUUGAUAUGAAGUUGUUGUAUUGAAAAUCUUAGUAGUCUCCGCCAGUCUGCUAGAUACCCUGUCUAGUGUAAGUAGUAUAAAGCGUCUAGUGAAAUUAUUUAACGCGAUCUACAUGUUUUGAUUUUGUUGUUACUAAUUCCCUUCUAAUCUCAUAUUUAAAUAUUAUAUCUAUGAAUAUUUAUCGCUUUGUGAAAAGGUAUCUGAUAUACCUCAAGCAUUAUUGUUGCGUCAUAUUGUUCGUAAAUAAUGUUACAAAUACACCUAUUUAUGUUGCUAUAUGUUAAACAGCAAUCGCUUAUCGGCGAUUCGAUACGCUAGUGCAGUCCAACGUAGGAGUCGAUAAAUUUAUGUAUAAUGAUACGAGUAGGGUUAACGCCCGGUCUCUACGAUUUAACACAGUUCUAACUCAGAUCUUUCAUGACGAAAGCUGUAAAUAUUGUAACAACGAAAUUAUUAAACGAACAAUCUAAUCAUCCCUCUCACUCAUUCAGGCGUCUCCUUAUUGAGUGAGAGAAAUGAAUAGACUUGAAAUAAAAAAAACUGUGAGGAUUAGCCCCAAGGGUUAAUUAAUGGUUCCAAAAUUUACUAAUUUGCAUAAUUGAGUUUCAAAUAAUCACCUCCAAAGAAACUAUAAGAAAUCAAUGUAAAUAAGCAUCUUAGAUCGUAGAGGACGAGGCGUUUAGAAAUUUAGUAUAUUAUGUACUGUCAGAUGUACCUGUAGUGCCCGUUGGAAAGACUAGAAAUAGUUAACGCGGCUUGCGCUCGGUUUCGGAAUUUGACAACAAACGUUAACAGGCUGUUAACGUUUUGUUAACAUGAUUGAACCAAUCUUAUUUGAAAUGCGUUCAUUCUGAAACCGAGGGUCAAAUAUGAGGCUGAGAACAAUCAGAAAUAAGGUGUGUGGAAAAAAAAACUUUGUGGGAUGAAACAAAUUUUGCUGUUGACUUGUACCUAAUGUACCAGCCCUUCAAAUUAUUUUAACGUAGGUCAGAUAGUCGCUAUAAGAUUAUUUUAUUAAUUUUAUUUAUAUUGCCUGUAAUUUAUUAUGUUUUGAUUGAGAAUAUUAGCAGAUACCUUUUAUAUUAGAUAGAGUACCUAUCGCUGAUGCAGCGAAACAAUGAACAUUCAGAAUCAAGAUUCUGUGUGACUGUACCACGACUUGGACACGAAUUUUAGUGUGCUUUGCUUCAGCAAUUUGAAAAAAUCUUACAGCCCAGUCAAAAGCAUAAACAGCGCUGGCUAAUUUAUGCCUUAUCAAGUUUUUCAUAAGGGAUAAUUUAGCUUCGCGCUAAAUCUUUGUUAUUCGCUUUCGCUUAUAACGACAACUUAGUAACCAAGCGGUAUUCACCGAAUGCAAACGAGUUGAAGUGCACUAGCGUAACUAAGCCUCGAGUGCCAACAGAUGCGUACUAUUAAGAUGUUAAACUUGUUAUUUUCUACCGACAGGUGUAACUUGUGUCGGCGUCGAGAAUGUUUCAGCACUAACUGUCUUGCCAAUUAUAAUAGUUUGCUAAGCGAAGGCAGAGUUACACCGUAUUAAGCAUAUCAGUUCAUACCUAGAUAGCGACUAGUUAAUUUGAUAAUGUUAAGGUUAGACUUUGUCGCGAGCGAGGAGUUUUGGAAUCCAAACUACAGAAUCAUGUUGCCUCUUUUUUUAAUAAUUUACAGACGCGUCACCGCGCUGUAAUAUGCAGAUAGCGCCAUCUGUUGGUCCAAGCUUUAAGUUUGCAAACAAAACUCCUUGCGCGCGAACGCUCGGUUACGUAUAAGUUUCCUUGUACAUAAUCCUAACGUUCCUCGUUUGUAAGGCACUAACGAUUAGAAGUUUUGUUAAUACGGUUGUGUCUUUUACAUGCCCAGACUUAUAUUAGUUAUAGUUGUGAGCCCUACCAAGGCAGUUAAUAAUUUGUAAAAUGAAGGUGGUAUUAAAUAUAUUUUGUUUCAA